UCAGUUGUUCGCAUUGCAAAUGGCGGCUCCUUGUUAUUGUUCAUGGCGUUUUAUGACUUGUCCCUUUAUAUUACCGAUUAUGUCGAGUUUUUUCGUGAUUCCUACCGCGCGCUCUGUGCAGAAAGUGAAGUAAGACCCGCGGGGCGUGUUUUCGACAAGAAUUAGUGCUCCUGUGGUGUGGCUCCGUGCAAUUCGAACGCGAGAAAUCCCGCACGAAGUUGAAAAGAAAUGGGGUAACGUUAAAAUUUUCUUGUGUUCAUACGGUAUGAAAUCGUUCUGUGCAAAGACUGAAGUGAGGCUCGUCGGGUACCAUGCUGUAGGUUGUCGAAUUCUAACUUUGUUUUGGUAAGCAUACGUGAUUAGGGGAGCGCACGGGGAACCCGCUAAAUAAAAAUGUACAGACUUUUGACGGUCUAUCUUGAGCAUGCUUGAGCCCACUUCACGUACACCUCCCCCGACGGACAAAAUGGUGGCCCCCCGAUAUCUAGUGCUCUGGAUCCCUUAUUUUAACGAAAAUCAUUAUGGAAACCGUCGGAACCAGCUAUCCCGUCGUCAGAACACCGAAUACCGACCGCCGCGACUCUUCACGUUUUAUGUCUGGUUGAAAAAAAUAUUCUAUAACCUAUUUUCUUCGACAUAGAAGUUGUGCCCCUGUCUUAUGGCCCAAAAGAUUUUAAUUGCAGUCCGCGAACGAAACAAUAACCAUAUUUAUUAGUGCUGGAGUGGUUUGGAGUCCGUCGGUUCAAAACCGACAGUCAAACAUCUUAUCACCACUAUAUUGUAGUGAUACCCUGAGGCGUUUGUGACCUCUCUGGGUAGUUAUGUGAUUUGUAGUUGUCAUGGCGGCUGAUAGUGAUGGUGAUCUGAUUCAAACGGUCGUAACGUGUGAAGGUAACCUAGACGAUCCAGAGUUUCCACACAAAUUUAAGAUUAUUCUCGAUCGUCUUAAAUCUUUGCUUUGCAAAGAUAAAGGAGAUGGUUUAAGAGUAAAUAAGGUAGAGCCAUGGAACUCUGUCAGAGUCACAUUUUCGAUACCCAGAGAAGCUGCAUUACGUCUUCGAGAAUUAGCAGCUCAGGGCUCUCCAACACUUACGCAACUUGGAAUUCUUUCAGUACAGGUCGAGGGAGAUCAGGUGAUAUCGUUGAGGAUAGCCAACCGCUUCAGUGGAGAGGCACAAGAAAUCGUGUUACGUUCAGGACCGUCGCAAGAGAGCGGUGCCAAAUCUCAGAAUGAAUCCGGUAGCAAUACGACCAACACAGACAAUGAACCAUCGACAGCUUUACCUGGUCCAAGUAAUAAUACGUCUAGCAUCUCUUCAACGUUACGCAAUGUGGUUCAAAUAAUUGCAGCCGGAACAUCGUCGGAAAAAGCACCACAAUUUCGAUCUCCGAACGUAGUCGCGCCGACCGACUGUGAUCGCAUCCCGCCGUUUCUCGCGAAAUCCGUACAGUCGACGUCGGGCAGCGGCAGCGUCGGUGCCUCUGGAAGUCAAACAGCGACGAAUCCCAGUGCUUCGCCGAGGAACAGUUAUAAUGGUCCAUUCCCGUUCGCCAGUAUGACGCACGCCGCUCAAGCGAUGCACAAUCGGGAAUCGCAAGCGACGACGAUUAAAAAUGCGAUGCAGUUCAAACAUCACGUUCAGCCACCCCCGCCUUAUCCCACUCAAGAGAGUCUGUCGACUGUGACAGCAGCGUUAACCGCUGGCCACACCACCACCCAGUCGGUCGUGUCGCUCGGUCAGCUAACGAACCAGUACAAGUCUUCGAUCACUGCAACGUCUAGUCUGUCACCAAACAACAAUAAUAAUCUGGCAGGGAAUUCGAACGGUAACGGGACUCAAGUCGCUUUGUCCAGCCCGCUCCUCGUGAACCUUCUGCAGAACGACGCCGGCGCGCACCCUAACAACGUGGUACCCGGUCAGAAAAUGUUACCACCAGCUGUUGUCGAUAGUUCCGGGCUUACCAAUCGUAUGCGACCGACCAAGAAACCAACGGUGCGGAGAAAAGAUUUAUCGUCACCCAGCGAGUCGCCGCCGAAUUUGGAUUCCCUUCGAGCAGAGGAUCUUAUCGGCGGGGCGACGGUCAUUCCUGAUUUAUCUCAAUCUACUGCUUCUGCAUUUGCGACCGUCAACGCUAAUCAGCCUUCGACCAUCCCUCAAUCGCACCCGGUCAACGUGAUCGCCGGCAGCCCCGCGCAGAGUAUCGCGCAGCAGCCGGCGCAUCAAUCCCCUGCCGGUGGACAAGUCCAACAACCGGCGACGUCGUUGCAUGCUCAAGUACAAAUCCAACAGAAAUUUCCCAUCAGACAGGAACUGGCUUACAGGCCUUCUCAAGUACAACUGCAGGGCCAAGUGCCGAUCAGGCAUCCGGUGAACGGACAGCAAGUACGCACUCCCUUGCAACAGCGACAGUUACUGCUGCAGCAGCAACAGCAGCAGCAUCAGGUUUUGACGCAAGCAAAUAUGAACGCUCAGCACAUGCUCACGCAACAGAUCUCUACUCAGCAGCAGUCACAGAGCGUGAACACGUCUUUGCAAUCAGCGCCGGUGUCCGGUCAGUCGCUUUUACAGCAACCGCAGCAACAAUUGAUGCAACACGCGACGCAAGGCAUGAGCGUGCCGCAGCAACGGCUAAGUUACUUAAACAGUCAACGUCAGCAGACUCCACCUCCUUACCCGCGACAACCGGUUCCGGCACAGUCCCAUUUGGGACAGCAGAACCAAGCGAUGAACGUGCAGCAACAGUUACAUCACAAUCAGCUUAAGAAUCUGAACGUUAAUACGAACGCUACGACCGAUUUUCGGUACGGGCAGAGCCAGAACAUUUUGAGCAGAAAUUAUCAAGCGACGACUAGCAACGCUAACGGGACCACGUGGAACGCACAAAAUAAUACUAUUCCACAAGGUGCUCAAGUUAAUACUACUCGUUUACCAACCGCGAAUCAGGUUCCAGGUGCCUUUUCUCAAUGCGGAUCUCACGCUAAUCACGUUUCGAACAAUAACGUCUCCUCGCCCGCCACCAAGCUCGUAGCUCCCGAAUCUCCUAAGCCUAAGGAAGAGUCGCCCGAACCGGAAUACACGUCGACCGGUAAAAUACGACAGUUUCUCAUCAACCCUUUGACCGGCCAUUUGGAACCGAUGCCUAGCGAGAGCUCGGAAUCGGAGCCGGAAAGCGCGGUGGACAACCAGGACGACUUCUUUCCCUUUCCGUCGCCGUCGAACGACCGAUCGAACUCGAUGUUCUCCGACGACGACGCGGACAGCAAUUUCUCGAGGAGGAACGACACGACGACGAACACGGAUCAAUCGGACUCCGAGACUACCGUGAAGUCUACCGCGAGCGAAGGAAGUUUAAAACACAGUAGGAUAAAAUCUAACCGCGAGACAGCGCAGAGUCCGAUGCCCGGGGAGAAGAUCAAGCUCAGGCUAAAAUUAGAGAAGUCCGAGCCUGUCACGCCUGCUUACAAAGUCGACGUCUCGUUCGUGAAUACCCCGCCGAUGAGAAAAGCCGAUAAGUCGGUGAAUAAAAUGUUCACCACCGGCAUCCCGAAUUCGGGAACCGGUGACGAGCCAAGAGUGCCUCCCUUACAUAUUUCCUUAAGAGGACGUAACGCUUCGGUAGUACAAAUCAGAAAGAAGGAAAAAAAGUCGUUGAAAGACGGCGAGUCUGAUCCGAGCAAUAUAAAGAGGCGGGGGAAGUUGAAAAAAAUGAAGGACUGCAUAGACGGGAACAAGUUGUUGCAGAAGAAGUCGUCUCUGAGUAUGAUAAUCGGUGCGUCGACCGCGUCAAAAUUACCUCUGUCCAAUUCCACGAUGAUCAACAGCACCAAUUCUAUCAGCAAAAUGAACAAUAUAUUUCAAGCGGUCGUGUCGAAGUCUAAUGCCUUAAAACAAGAAUUACCCAUGGACGUGAUGCGCGUACAGAGUAGCAUUACUAAACCGAGCUCGAGUAAAACGGGCGACGUCGACGAUAUACCGUUGAACAGUAGGAUACCUUCUCCUUCGAAACACAAGACCACUGUAUUGAGUCAACCGUUGAACGUGCAGCAGACGUUGACAAAGAAUCAAGUUGAGAUUGACGUUCAAAAUCAUAUGCAGGAACAUAAAAUAGGAGGAGGUAAAACCAAAAGAAGAGAUUCUAAAAAGAAAUCCGAAUCCGGAGACGGUUUACAUCGCGAACAAAAUUUGUUGUCAGGUGGUAGGAUGGUGGACAACCAGACAAAGUGGAGGAAACUUAAUUACAAGGGUGACACGAGCCAACCCGUGAGAAAAGCCGACGCACAUUUAACUGGGAACGACUUUAACGCUGUCAAGAAGGUAGGAGAGAUCAGGAGGACCAGUGACAGCGAGAUCACGCGGUCUGUCAUGGAAAAGAAUAGUACCUUGAACGCGGUUGCUUCGCGAUUGACCGAAGUGAACGGCGUUAAGAAGGAUUUAAUUAGCCAGGAGAAGAGGAGGAGAUUAAGUUUAAUGGACGAGAAAGAUCUGCAUUUAGGAGAAUCUCAAGAUGCAGAGACGACACAUUUUAAUAAUCAGCAGAUCGUCACCGAACGUUCUUCCGCCAGUGCAGUCCCAAACACAAAUAUAAGCGGUACUACUACGAACGCAAAAUCUACCAGUAACUCGUCUUUCGAGAACGAAGGCACCGGAUUGGUAUCAUCGACCAUACCUGCACAGAAGGAUUCGAGUCUGGCAGGCAACGUCGAGGCCAGCGAACCCGGUCACGUGGAGAUUACUGUGAAAACUGCGCAAUCGCCUUUGAACAGGAUCAUUGCUGGGAAGGGUAAAACGGAAACUGAUAAUUGUAAGACGAAUUCUAGCAUCGUGUCGAAAGGUCAGGCCAUUAAUCAGAAAAUAAAGAACCACGCGGUCACGAAAAACGACGCCGUCGCUGCUAUUAACAGACACAAAGUGCAAGAGCAUUUUGCUCAUAAAAAGGUGGUUCAGAACCACGUGAAGCAGUCCGACCGGCCGGCGGUGACGGCGGAGAACAAAGUGGACAGUGCGCAGAAAAUUAGUUUAUUGAAAACUACGCAGAGUUCAACGAUAGGAAACUCGGUGGACCAAGUUCCCAGAUCCCAGAGCGUCGACGUACCAUCCGGCAAGCCGAUUUUGCCUGUCGGCGAGAUCAACAUGACGGAGGCGAAGGUGAAGCAGAAGGUGCUCGAGACCACGGUCCCGAUCGCCAUCGGGGUCGACGCGAGCGCGGAGAGGGUCAGCAGCGGCGGAGGCGGCGAGGAUUCCGGGAUCGAAUCGAUGGACGCUUUGUCGGAGAAAUCACCGAACCAAGGGGAGUCUCCUUUGCACAGGCCAGUGACUGAAACGGUAACGCAGAGCAGCGGCCCGAAGACCGCUGUCCAAGGGGAAUCUCCUUCCCUGCCAAUCACCAAUAAGAACGUGCCUUCCUCAACUAGUAGUAGUGAUAUGUGUUCAAAUUCUCAUUCGGAACUUCUCAAGUCCAGUGGCCAGCAAAGGUUGAGUCCUGUGUCUGUAGCGAAUUAUAUUGAAAAUCAUUUGAAUCGUAAUAUGUCAAACUCUAGCGAGCACAACGCGAAGGAUACGUCGAGCGAGAUCGGCUCUGCCUCGACGAUCCCGAGGACCGGUGGUCACAGUGAGUCGAUCGCUGAUUUAGACGCGACCGAGAACGAUAAAAGUGCGUCGAAUCCUUUAGUGUCGGGAUCAGUGACCGUUGUGACUACUUCCAUAGCCGGCACCGCGGACAGUGAUAAUUUAUUACAAUGCGCACAGCAGCAGCAACAGCAGCAGCAGCAGCAAGCGAGUGACUUCUCCGAGAAAGACAAUUGUAGCGUUAAGUUAGAAACGUCUGUCAGUCAGCACGAUCAGGGUAAGGCGGCGAGUGUGAAACACGAGCCGCCGAGAGUCCCAGAGAGUGCAUCCGAGGACAAUGUAAAAACAGUCAUAGAUGGUAAUAGUGCAAUUAGAUUAAACGACGAACCUCAUGGACAGAAUAACAAUGGUGUGCCUGUAAUACAAAAUCAUGUUGCUUAUAAUAAAGUGAAGACGGAGAAGGCUGAUGAUAACGCGGUCGUCAACGAGGCUGAUGCGGCGGCGGACGACAGCCCGUGUCCCAAUAGUAAAAGUUUUAGUCCGGAAAUCAAAGUAGAGUCUAACGCGAAUAAUGAGAAGGUAGACACGAGGCAGCAGAACGAACGAUCGGACGGUAUGAAAAACGUGACGUCUGUCAAGUUGGAACAAUGUUCUGAUCAAAACCAAAAAUCUAAUGUACAAACCCAUCAACAGAUAUCCUCCGUUAGAGAGCCUCCGAUGAACCUUCAGAAAAUCACCGACGAUCUGGUUAAGAAAAUCGUGAACGAUUCCAGCGAUAUAAACAUAGGCAUUCAGUCGCCCCUCGGUGGAGAUCCUCAGCCGAUUAGAAUCACGCCACCCUUGUACACCUACUCGAACCCGGUAGUUUUACAGAGGGAAGAGACGCCGAGCCCGGCGGCGCAAAAUCCAGAGGUGGACUCCAGCGACGUCGAUCAUGUCAAGAGGAAGCGUAGGAGAAAACAGGAGUUGGAAGGGCGGCAGGACAUCAUAUGUAUAGAGGACAACGAUGAGACGCAAUACGUGGAAAGAUUGAACUCUAAUAACGCGGACGACUACGUGAAGAGACCGCCGAAGUCAUUGCUGGAACAGCUACUGAUAGAGAUACCAAAUGAUACUAACGAGAAGAGAUCGUUGAGAACCAGAUCGCAGAAAUUGAACAGUCCGGACAUCGUAAAGACACCGAAGAGCAGUCCUCAUGGUCCUAAUAAAUUAGAGGAGAGACGCAGCAUAUCGCCGUACGCUAAAGCAAGCCCUAAAUUAGGAGUGUCCAAGUUGUCUCCUAAUACGACAAUAAAAGUGGGGAAAAGGAAACGACAGGAAAGUGAAAGUUCUGUAGCGUCCAGCACCGCCGACGAUCCGCAACCAAGACCGGGCAAACGGAAAUGCUCCGAGAACGCCGCAGAACUUAUCAAGGCUUGUAUGGGAGUGGACGAAGCUGCUUUAAAGAAACAAGUACCUCUCAAGGAAGAACAGUCGAAGAAAGGAUUCAACAUAUUGACCAAGGCUAAGAAAGGUCCCAUUGUCGUAGAAGUAGAUUCGUCUGAUGAUGAGCCGUUGAUUGAAUCCGUGGGAAAAGCGAGAAUGCGAUUAUCAGACGAAACGUCCGGUGCGUCACCAAAGUCGAAAGAUCAAAAAACGAAUACAAGCACAACUGUUUCUGGCAGUCAAAUUAAUUCCAGUAAUAUAUCAAAUUUCAAUGCCAGUAAUAGAGUGCAAAGAGAGAGCCGUUUAUUAACGACCAAACAACCGGGCACGGCCGCGGUAGUAGCCGCCGGAAAGGAAAGACUACGUGGCACCUCUGUGUCUUCUAACGAGUCGUUAGGGGAAGUGACGACGAGAAGAUCGGUUCGCCAGAACACGGCUUCGCCGUUGGCCACACCAGCGAGCAAUACGAGGGGCGCGUCUAGAUCGACGGAAGACGUCACGAGACGGAAAACUCGAAGUGGUGCCGUAACGGCUGAGACGGCGGAACAGGCGAAACGGAGACGAAUAUCUCGAGAAAACAAAUGACCUUCGGGAAGCGACCUUGACAGUGAUUAGCUACCGUCGCUCGUCAAGGCCUAUCCGACUGAUCGUGUAUUCGUUAUAAAUGGUUAUGUGAUCGCCGUGUGGCUGGACCCCACCUGGUGAAACUGCAUGCGUCGAUACCGCACAAUGCUGCUGUCUGUAUAACAGGAGUAUCGUGUACGAACAGCUGGAUGGUAUUUUAUUAAUUUCGAUUCUUUCUUUUUCGUUGCAAUGGAGUAUGCGCGCUCAUUAAGUUGGAUCUAUAAAAGAAUUUAACGUUUCGUAAAAUGAAGUAACGUGAUUGUUCCGGAUAAAUUUAUAGGUAUUAGAAUGCUAAUUUCGUUGUUGUGUUAUUAAAUGUUUAAAAUGCACGUCAGAAAUGACUAAAAUGUAUUAUUAUUAUUAUUAUUAUUAUUAUUUUUAUUAUUAUAAUUAUUAUUAUUGCCGUUAUUAUGAAUUUUUCAUCUUGUUACCGUCUAGGCAUUCUCAAUUACACGUUACUCCUAAACAGCCAAGUUUGGUUACUCAGAAUAAUCUGCUCAACGCAUCAUACUUUAAUCUAAGUAACUGAACUGAUGAAAAACUGCCGAGUCAAACGUGUAACUUUCUUUUGCCACGCUUUCACACGACCCUGUAAUUCAAUUGAACGAACGCGAAAACUCUGAACGGACGUUGUUUUAUAGUAAAUUUAUACGAAAGGAAAAUGAAUUAUGUUGAGUCGUCGACAUGUACAAAAUUUUACACGGUCAAACAUUUUCUAGGUCGGAACAGUAUCGUUCUAUUGGACGCUGAUUGCAAUAAACUGAUUGUUCCAUAUAUAUAAAAAUCAAAAAUCGUUAGGGACAAUUCCGAGACAGCCGAUUUCACGUUUUCAGAACAUCAUUAUUCGUUACCUAUGCGAGCUGACAUUGGCGAAAGAAAGUCGAAAUUCUUAGUGCAUUAAAAUCUGACUGUACUGCCAUGCGUAAAUGUUUACUACGUUUACCGAGAACAAAUUUCAUUGACUGGUGGGGCACGAGUCGCUGCUCUUCGGACGACUUCGCUGACAGACAAAAUGUUCAGGACUCUCGUAGUAUCCCGUAUUUAUUUUGUACGUCAUUAUAAAUACGUUUAACACACGCGGACACAAUAACUUCGCCGUAAAUUGAACGUGAUCGAAGAUUUCUCCUUACUUGUUUGAAUUUGCCUUGAUCAAGAUUUCUAUAAAUCGUUCAUAGGACAAUCGUACUCCUCUCUGUAAAUUUAUUCGACGAUAAUCAUAUAUCGAUCUUUAUACACGUGUGAUUUAUAUAGCUUAUGAUUUUAUGAAUUGAACUAACGACGCGUUAGGAAAACGAUGUAUAUUUUUUCUUUCUGAAUCGCGUCUGAAUUUUCUCAGUGAACAUGGUCUUUCAACGGGAAGUUCGUCUUGAGUUACAAUAUCGCGGAGGAGAGGCAGAGGUAUAGAGUUAUUGAAAAGGAUUUAUUUUAUUUAUAAAACAUAGACAGAACAUUGGGAUAGAUCGUGCAUAAAUAUAUAAAGAUGAUAAGAAUAAUUAUAAUAGGAAAAAAAAGCGGUUAAUACAAUGUUAAUUUGAUGGGUAAUAUAUAAAUGAAUAUAUUUUGUAAAUAACUUCUUGUAAAGAUGCGUAAAAGGCACUCCUCGUUGUACAUAUAGGAACUGUUUAAAUUUUUAUUGAAAUUAGUGAUAAUUGAAAUUGUGCAACAUCGUCAUAUAUACUAUUAAUAAUUAUUUUUCGUGAUCGGGCACCGAGAAUAUUACCAGCACCCUCUUUUUCGGAUCAUUUAAGGAUAUAUAAAAACAGUGUACGCAUACGUAUAUACAAUUACUAUAUAUGUAUGUGUGUGAUGUAUAUGGAUAAUUGUUUUUGUGAACAGAUAAUCUAGUUUUAUAUUGUAUAAAUGUAAAUUAUACAGUUGAGAGGUGAAUUCAAGGAGUCGUCGACAUGUGAUAGUCAUCAAAGCAUUCUUUUAUAUGUGUAUGCGUGUGUAGAAUGGGAGAGAGAGAGAAGGAAAUCUGCAUUUAAAAUGUCACAUAUAAGCAAUAUACGUUUAUGCUUUCCGUAAUUUUAUGUAAGUACGUUCCGUUAUAUUUGCUUUAGGUGAAAGUGCACGGUCACAGGUACGAAGUCGGACAUGAAGAAAAUAUUGUUAGUCUGUAUGAUAGAAAUCUCAGUUCGAAUUGUAGCAUAUUACUGUUUCACGACUGAAUAAAUUCCAAUUAGCUUUAGCGUCGUCCAGUUUUUGUGAAACGAAUGGUUCUCUUCUGUAAAGAAAAUAUCUGUCCGUCUUGGUCUCGACGAUACCUCGAAUAAAAAAAAUAUUUUCUUCAUAUACCCUUUAACUAAAGCUUUGAUGGCUAUCGAGUGGUCUAUAUUUGAAGCGAAUAUUUCUGUCUCAUACGAACGUUACGUACUAGAUUCGAUGAUGUUUUAAACAUAUAGGAAGAAUUUUUAACAGAUUUACAUCUACCGAAAUGGAAUCGCGUUUCAGGCGUAGGAUCGAUUUCGUUCAAUUCUUUUUCUAUCUCUAAUAUUAAGUUAAAUUAUUUAGCUAGAUCAUUGCUUGUUUAACGAAGUCCAUUUCAAUAUAUCUUUGAACAUCUAUAUUGUAAAUAGUAGUAUGCUUUUU